AUGUCGGCACAAAUUCCAAUACCCGGAUGUCCCUAUCAUCAGGGUAUGGGUUUUGUCUACGUGUGUAAGAUGUGUGACAAUGAACUGGUCUGUAUAGAUUGUGUUUUAGAUCGUCACUAUCAACACAAUCUAAGGAAACUGACUGACUAUGUAUUGGAGCAAAAAAGUCAAAUUGAGCAAUAUCAGAAAAAACUUUCCGAACAUGAUCUUCCAAAGCUGGAGUGUGACAUUAGGGAAAAUGAUGAAAGAUUUGAAAAAUGUUGCGAACAAAUUAGAAAAAUGAUCGACGAAAUAAAAAUUCAGGGAAAGAAAAUGAAAAACGAAAUUGACAAUAGUAUCGAAAGGGUAGUGACUAUAUGUCGAGAUUUAGAGAAGCUAAACGACGAUAUCACAAAGAAGAACAAUGCCGCAUUAGUAAAAUACCUGAAAGAGGAGAUCAGGCCAAAAUUAGACAGGUGUCAACGGGCACUGUCUUCCGAUGUAACGGUUGACGUAAUUACAGUGGCAAACCAAGUCAAGAGUUCCUCGACUGCACCCCCAACUGUAGGAGGAUUAAAGACAGCAGCCUUCAAAUCCGGAACUCUCUCUUCUGGAAUCCUGGACCGGAUGCUUGGUUCGUUACUUAUUGACGGAGAUAAUCCAGAAUUCCGCCCUGUUCAAAAGACUUCCGUUGUUUCCAGUUUUCGAUCUGACGUUGUCUACACUUCAUGUCGUACAAGUUGCACUGGUGACAAGGCUUGGCUGUCGCACUGGAAAGGCAACAAAAUAUACCAAGUAGAUAAAAAGGGAGCAAUCCAAGAUUUGAUCGAUUGUAAAGUAGAAGUUCAAACAAUCACCGUCUCACCGACCACAGGAAGGGUGUGGUUCUGUGUACUGGAAGACAAAAGUAUUCAAGAAUGCAUGUCUGAUGGUAGCACAGUGACUCGUUUUAAGGUAGAUUCAUGCCCGUUUUCUUUGUGUUUCACGAACGAAGACAUGAUCGUGGUUGGAAUGGUGAAUGAAAUAGUCCUGUAUACUAUAGACGGACGGAGAGUGACAGAUGGAGCAGGUCGUGUCUGUAGACAGCAAGCAGUUAGUCCCCAUCGCAUCACUUGCUGUAGACUGUCCGGGGAUGUAGCUGCUCUCGAUACUGAUGAUAUACUUUUUAGUCAAUACAUGACUAGUAAGGAACCAGGAUCACAACCGCGCGUCAUUAUCAUGGAUAAACACAUGAAAUAUAAAUUUCGAUAUCAUGCCAUCGACGCCAUGCAACCACAAACCAAUGACACUCAAGAAAACAAAUUCUUCCCUCAGGAUGUUUGCUAUGAUGGAGCUGGUGAUAUCUUGGUGUUGGAUAUAGCGAGCAAGACAGUCAUCCUUAUUGACGGGAACAAUGGACACUUCCUCAGGACACUAUAUAUUUCAGAGGGAUCGAAACCGACAUCUAUGAGCUUACAGGGUGACAGUACUCUCUGGGUCGGACAUGGUAGCCGUGAAAUGAAAAUCAUCAAGUUUAUCAGGUAG